AAAUAUUCAGUUUAGGCUGAAGCUCUUUCGGUGCACGCUUAUCAGUUGAGUCUGUUGCAACAUUUGGUGUUUCGCGACGAUCUUGAAGUGCUGCACGCUUGGCUGAUGCAAUUGUUACGGAUUACCUGAGCAACGGCUGCCCAAAGAGUUAAUUACAGGCCUCAUUAGGCGGCGUCUCAUGGGCGAUGCAGCUUACAGCAACUUACACUACAUUUCAUUGAAGCUGAGCUGGCAGCUGUUGGGCACAGUUCAUUCCCAGACGUCAGCGCGCUUAGUUGUUACAAAUGUCCAAGCGGAUUCUGCUGAUGCUCCUGUUUCUGGUUGCCUGUUUGGCGGACAUGCAGCAGGAUGAGAGCGAGGAUUAUCAGGCGCAGCCAGAACAUUUAGAUGGACGCUCGUUCUUCUUCCUGGGCACCUUAUUUCGACGCUGGCGCGAUCGUUGGUUGGCCUUCCACACUCCUGCUCCACUCUAUGCUGGCGCUGCUUUCCCUCUCAAUGGCUAUUUCAACUGUCCUUCGUACGGCUGCAAUCCUGCUGCCAUUGGCCCACAGCCAGGUGGCUUCUAUCCCGCCUACUAUGCCCCGCCGAUUCCGCAGCAGCCGCAACAGCAGCAGCAGCACCAGCAGGCGCAGGGCAAUAGUAAUGUGUACAUAUAUCAGACUGAUCAGAAUCAAGCUAGCUCUGCGUCCAAUCCGCCCUUUGGACCUGGUUUCUUUGGGCCAGCUCGGCAGCCCACACCACUGGCACCGCCGCCGCCUCGACCGCUGCCUUUGCCGCCACCACCACAGCUGCCACAGCUGCCACCGGCCUUGCCUCCGCCUCAAGCAAGCGCCAGCAGCUUUGGAUUUGGACCUGGACCUGGAACCGUUCCGGCGCCAGCCUGUGGACCCAACUCGUUGCCCUGUGCUUUCGGCUAAGCAGCCUCGCCUAAGUAAACAACGCAGACAAAGUAAAAGAAAACAAUACAAUUUUAAUUG